CAUGAAGGCAGGGGCCCCUGCCAAGGACCCCGAGGCGGAGAAGAUAGGGGGAGUGGUGCUCCAGCUGGAGAACGGUUCCCUGAUCCUGACUGCCGCCCAUUAUGAGGACCACUGCGUGGUGGAGAAGACCACAGCCACAAAGAAGGUCGUUCCAGGGACAUUCACCAUCAUCAGGGAGGGUGGUAAAGGAAACAAAGAGGUCCAGGUCCUGAGCACUGACUACAAGACCUACGCUGUCAUGGACAUCCAUUUCAUGAUGGACAACGUCAGCCAUCAAGUCAUGAAACUUUACAGCCGGAGUUUGGACCACAAUGAGAAGGCCCUGGAGAAGUUUCAUGAAGUGGCCCAGGAGCAUGGGUUCAAGGAGCCGGACUUCCAUCUGCUCAAGAAUGACACUGCCUGUGUGACGGCGCUGCAGGGGCCGGUGUAGAGCAGCUCCUGCCCAGGACUCACCUCUCCUGCCCUGCCCAGAGGCCGUCUACCCCUGCCCCCAAUAAAACCCAC